UACGGGUACAUAUACGUGUAUUAAACGGAGUAUUUACUAACUAUGCUAAUAGCGUACCACUAGUACUGGUACAUUUUUUUAAUGUACUAGUAGCGUACCACUAGGACUGGUAUAUUAAUUACCAGUAGACUAAUGGAUUGGUACACUUGUUAACGCACUGGUACAUUUUUCAGGUUGUCGGAGGGAGUCUGCUGGAGAGAAUUCGCCGGAGAAAAAGUUUGUCCAUCGAAGCGGAGUGGCCGCAUGAGAAAGGAAGAGAGGGAGAUAGAUAGAGAUAUUUAUGUAUAGGAUUUAAAUUUCAAUAAAAAUUAUAUUUAAUAUGAGUUUUUAAUUCCCAAUCUAAUUAAUACAAAAAAGUAAUUAAUAUAUUCUUUUUUUCAUACCCAAAAUACUCUUGAUUGUCACCGUAUCUCGUCCCCUAUAUACGUCUUUACCUUUUUCUGCAAGAAUAGUUGACAUGUUUAAACUGAAAAAUAUUUUAUUUCUAUGCAGAGGUCCUUGCGCACAAGUUGCUAAGCUAAUUAAAAAUAUUUAUUGUAACUAGAUUGUUAAAUUCUGUGAUUAAAUGAUGAGAUUGCAUAAAAAAAUUAGUUGAUCGAUUUGGAAAAUUAGAUGUAAAUAGGUUCUUCGUAUGAAUACAAACUAAUUUAAAUAAACUUGUUACAUGAAAAACAUAACAUGAAUAUUAUUAGAAAUUUUGUUAACACGAGCCAAAAGAAAUCAAAACAUAUUUGUUGUUAGCCCAUGACUUGAUGUAAAAUUUCCCCUCUGACUCUCUACCCCUUGGUGCCUGCGUGGGCUACAAGUCAAUCCAUUGGACAAACUUCGCAUUCAUUCUAGACCGUCCAAAUCACUAUGCAAAUGACAAUCUGCUUCAUCUUCUGCCGUUGAUCAACUUUUACCCCAAAAGAGACUGUCCACAGCUGAUCACAGCCAACUAAAAUUCCUAAAAGCGGGGCCCUAUGUCUAUAGGCCUAGCAAAACGUACAACUAGCCAGUCGCUUAAUCUGUGAAAAUGGCAAGAAACGCAGGUACUACUACUGCCAGCUUCAGUCUUCCUUUUCUACCCAGUCUGAAGAGUGACAGAGCCCCGGAGUUAUUCCCCCUCCCUCCAUCACGCUAAUUUUCCCUCCAUUUCUCUCUCGCCAAACACAUUUUAGCAGUCUAUAGAGCUCACUCAUGGAGUCUUUUCAUUUUCUUUUGGUCUUGUUGGUGAAUGCCAACUCCGCCGGUUGAUUCCUCACAUUCCGAUUGUAGUUCUCUCGCCGUUUCCGUUCUUUUGAUCGCACAGCAGAGUCGUAAAACUGAGAUUUCCGGGGUAGAGGUUUUGAAGAGUUAGGGUUAGUCAACUGCAUUUUAGAUUAGACGUCUUUGAUCGUUCAGCGCCGGGAUUUUGAUUCUCAGUAGACUACUCAAGGACGAACUCGUCCCUAGCUGGCACAGUUCUUGGAGCUUUCAAGAAAAUGAGCGCCGGAGCUCCGUCUGAAGGCUUGCUGGAGGAAUCAGGAGCAGAUGAUGGCGACCUUGCGCCAUCGUUCAGCAAAGGCUCGAAGUUUGCGUAUUCAGCGGAUUUUCUCUUGUCCAUAGCUGUGUUGGAUAUAUGCCAGAGGCUGCCUUGCAACUUCGAUUCCGAGAUAUUGCGUGAGCUUGACGAACGCCCUACAAUUUGGCCGCAGCCGAAGACCGAGUCUGAGUUUGCGAGAUGGGAUGGCAACAUUCUAUCAACUAGUUGGAGAGUUAGUCCUGAAAAUGGAAUUUUAGGGAAGAAUCAUCCAGACAGUGUAAUUUCAGGGAAGAAUACUUCUGAAAGUGGAGCUCUAGGGCAGAACAAUCCUGAAAGUGGAAUUUUAGGGAAGAAUCAUCAUGACAGUGUAAUUUUAGGGAAGAAUACUUUUGAAAGUGGAACUCUAGGGAAGAACAAUCCUGAAAGUGGAAUUUUAGGGAAGGGUGCUCUCCUGCCAGCACCUGAACCUAUUGCUGUUGACUCUGCUCCAAAGAUUCACGAGGGUAGUACCUGUCAUCUGCUAACCCGAAGUGCUACACCAUAUCGGCCUCCACAUCUAUACAGGAUGGAUCUCCAUUCUGAGACAGAGAAAAUGGACAAUGGCAGAGAGAAAACAUUUGAUUCCUUGAGACCACGGAGGACUGAAGUGGAAAAACAGAAGGAAACAUCUGAAUCAUUGUGGAGUGAUCGUCAAGUAACUCAGGAGACUCAGAAGAACAUUUCAGAUGAUCAGAAAGUAAACCAGGAGCCAAGUAACGCCACAGGCUCAGGAGAUUCCCAGAAGUAUGAAGUUGGCGAAAGUUGGACAUCCGAGAAACUGAAGAGUAAGGCCGGCCAGACCACCAUAUCCUGUCCUUACUUCCUAUCUUGGGUUAAGCCAGCGGGCAAUAGCAUGUCCAAUACCAACGGCAAACAUGGAACAGGAGAAGCACCUAUGGAUCACGCCAAAAAGCUGAACGAGCAGCCAUUGACAAGUAUCCCUUCAGAAAGUAAGGAAGGUACAUGCCAGUCCCACACAUCUACUACUCCUGCCCCUGUCUAUCACCAACAACUGCAUGAAUGGGACAACAAAGCAACUAUUUGUGCAAACCCUUCUGGUCCUACGCAAGACAAUCCAGAGAUCGAUGAUGCCGACUAUCAGGAUCUCCUUGCUUUAAUAGAGGAAGAAAUUGCGUGCCAGUUUACUGAGCUGCGGUGUAGCCAGGACCUCUCGAUGCUGGGUUUCUCCGAGUUCGACCUUGGAGGGCAGAGACCAAUUCCGGCCUCCCGUGACGAUGGCAUGGUUCUUCCAUCCGAAGUCGACGCUUCAAGCUGCAAUGAGACGAUCCUUAAGGACGAUGAGCAUGCUGAUGAAGUGACUCCAGAAGUUCCAACUGAACAGGAAACUUCAGUAGACUCAGCUGCCCCCCACUUCCAUGAGAAGCCUCAUACAAGCGAUGAAAUCUGCUGGCCGGACGAAGACAGUUUGAUUACUAUCGACGACUUCUUAUGUCCAAUGGAUGAAGCCUCCGGCGGCGAACUGUGUAAGCAGCAGUCCUGCCCACCGUUGCUUGGCUGUCGGAGGAAAUCAGAGAACAAGAAGCAGACCAAAUGUGUUUAUGCUCCAAAGCCUAUGGGACCAAUGAUAUGUUCUCCUCCUCCACCUCCUCCUGGUAUGGGGCCAUGGUUCCCUGUCCUGCCUCCUCGGCUGCCGCCGCCGCAUCCUAUGCAUCAGAUGGGGCCCUAUCCUCCUACCAUGUGUUACCCCUUUGGUAAUCAGGUCCACAUCUAUACGAACCUAUUGGCCAGACCAGAUCAGAACUUGGGGUGGCCUUGGUUCGGCAACGCUUAGAUCUUAUUGGACGUCGUAGGUGAGCAACAUGUCUAGUUACCGUCUUAUACACCUCAUUGCAGUCAGGAUUUGCUUUUAGAAAUCAGACACUUCUGAUUAGAGUUAGUCUCUGAGCUAGAUACGUAACCAUAUAUGUUGGUUAGAAGUACCAAAAUUAGGGUUAUAGUUGAAUUAGCUGAGGAUUAGGAAUUUCCCAAUGCUGGAAAGAAACAAGGGGAGCAUGUGAAGCGGAUAGUAGCCUAUGGUAGUAAAUGUUCAAGGUAGCAAAGACCUUUACAAUAGUAUACUCUUAACAUCUCCAGUGGAGCUGAGUCGAAUUUGUGUAUCUGGUCAACCUCGGACAGGAAAAUUGAAUACACAAUCAUAUUUUCAAUUUUUUUUCCCUAAAACCUGUACCAAAUCAGUUGUCUUUCCAUUGUGAAUAUCCGAGUGGCAGGAAUCUUGAUAAUCCUGCUCGAAAAUACGAUCCAGCUGUGUGAAUUUGCAAAAGAUGCAUGAUGGGUUCUACAUAGUGAAGCAAUUUCAGUUGUCACAUUAGAUAAAUCCAUUUCACUCCCUAAGCCGAGACACUAAAUAAUCUACCAAGUUCCGUUGAUGUGCCGACUCUGCUGUUUGAAUAGAUUCGCUCUAGUUCCUCGAAGUCAGAACUCGGGAGCUCGACAUAUGAACAGAAGAAAAAAUUUUGAGUUUCAGCGAGGCCAUGGAAUUGGAACAUUAGUAUUCAAAUGUCGCUAGCUAAGGUUCCUACCACCAAGGCCUGGCUCAAAGUUAAAAUGAGCUCUCAGAAGGCUUAUACUCAAUUCUUAACAGGCUACAGCAAAGAACCGGGAUGCAAAAACUCAGACAGGCACCCCAGGUUGCACGUAGGAAGGCGUUAAAGGUGAUUGUGGAGGAUGAGUUAAUUACACUUAACAACGGCUGAACAAGCUUGUAAUCAAAACUUUAAUUACAUACUCUCAUUAAUUAGCUGCGUGAAUUCCUUCUUUCCUCCAUCGCAGGAGGAGCUGUACAGCAAGGCCUUUACCAGGAACCACUAAUUACACCCGCACUCUGGAGCAGCAGCAGCUGCUGGUAGUUAUUGUUUCGCCUCUUCUUCGAAUCCCAUAUACACACUACCUGUGAGAUUACAACAAGGCCGAAGGCCUGGCCAAAGACGGGGAACUGGUGGGCGGUUAGAGAGCGCGUCGUGCACCUUUAAUUGUUGGUGGUAGAAGUUUUUAAUGACCCUCACGGUCCGGCCAAUUCACCUCGCCCGGAUCAAGCAACAGUUCAUAUCCUGUUCGCAUCUGUGUUGUAGGAAGCAAGCAGCCUUCUCUGCCAUGCAAAAUUACACCAUGUCACAGAGACCCUAAAUGAUUACCACUUACUCAAGGCCAAGGGACAGAAAUGAAGGUGCCAAAUACUA